GUCCUCUGUGACAAAAAGGAGCCUCCAACCCUCCACCCCGAUCCCCCACCUGAGACCUGGCCUGGCUUCGCUCCUCUGGACGACGUGCGGCUCCUGACCAACGGCCUCCUGCAGCUGGGGCAGAGCAUGAGGGAGUUCGCCCAGAAGACGAAGGGACAGAUCAACUCCAUCUUCCAGAAGCUGAACACCUUCCACCGCUCCUCCCACCAGCUGUCGACGCUGACCGGAGAAAUCAAGGAGGAGGAGGAGGAACUGAAGAAGACCGCUGUGGCGCUGAAGGCCGACAACGAUGCGAUGGCGGAGCUGUCUGGCAGACUCAGCUCCAAGACGCAGAGCCUCCUGCAGGAGAGGAGCUGGCUGCAGAGCAAGGUGGACGGCCUGGAGGAGGAAGUGAGCCGUGUGUCUCUGGGCCUGCAGGCAGCAGAGGUCAGCAGCCUCAGGGAGCUUACUGCCAGCAUGGAAACUCAAGAGACCUUUGAUAAGAUGCCAAGAUGCUCAAACUGCAGCAUCCCUGUCUGAGCUCAGCCUCCAGCAACACAACCAUCAGUGAGACGGAGAAACCAGCAGGAGGAGAUGAAGAAAAUAUGACAAAUAUGUCAAACACCUGAAAAUAUUUCACAAAGCAAAGCUCAUCAAGUCAUGUCUCUUUAUUUAUGUAAAAUUCCAAGCUAAUAUGCAACUAGAAGCACAUUUGUUUGUAUAUAUAUUUGUAUAUAAUUGUAUUAUCACUAUUGUACUACAUAGUUUACUCUCUGCAAAUAACCUACAAUACUAUGAAUAAUUCUACUGUAAGGGUUUUCAUGCAGACAGAUAAAAAAUAAAUAAAUUAUUUUUCUGAGAGAAGAUUCAAAAUAUGUCAAAACACAACAGAAAAACUUCAACUCAUACUAAAAAUGUGCUUUUCUCAGUUCAGUAACCACAGUGGGCUGAAAUGUGUUCAACCUCUUUGGUAUAUUCAUUUCUUUAUUUACUCACAACCUGUACUUUUUAUUGAAUUCAAUUUUGUAGUUACACAAAAAACUACAAAAUGAUUAAUUUCCCUGGGAAAAUCAUUGUGAAAAGUGGUGAGUGGUUAUGUUAUGUAUUCUCUUAUGCCAGCUUAUCCAUGCUAGUUGCUAGCCUCUUCAAUGCUAACACAAAUGAAUAGUCUCCUUCCGUUAGCCAAUUCCGGCCUCUCAGUUACCAGGACCAGCUGCUCAGUUACCGGUGCCAGCCUACCAUUAAUCAGAUCAACACUUGGUUUAGGAAUAGAUAUAGCCUCCUGCUACAAGGAUGUAGCAACACCGGUUGCACAAUUGGCGUAAUUUGCAGUAGGGUAAGCAUUGUUUUGACCCCCACAACGUUUUUAUCCAUUCAAUAUAACCCCUCUUCCCCAAAAAACAUAAUUUGCUGUAACACGGACCUGAUUUCAAUAUUUACAAUGUCAUAUAUGCAUUUAAGCUUAAUGUCUGAAAAUAACACGCAGGUUUUUAGUCUGCUCUUGUUAAAUUUUGGCUGUAUUUGUUGAAUCGUGUUGUAAAUUCUUUACUAGCCCAAUUGCAGUGCACCAGGAGGUAAAUACGGUAUAUAAGCUCAGAAAAUUGUGAAAUUUAGGUAUGUCGCAUAACACAUCCUAAAAAUGUAAAACAUUUGUUACCGAUGG